UUGUCUUUGACCAAAAGCCGCUGGUCCACGACCGAGGCGAACAAGGGCAUUCCUCGUUGGGCUUUUUGUGUCUGAGUCGGGUGAAACCUUGACACGUUGAAAAUUUCACUGGAUGUACUCACGUCUCAAGUUGGUGUUGUCCUCAUCGUUUGCUUUUCCUACCGCUCAUUUUCUUUAUCUUUCUGAACUCCAUUCCUUCUUCCUCCCGGAUCUCCCUCCGUCCCUAGGAGGAAAUGAGAAAGACGCAAGUGCGUGUGGAGAUGUGCACCAUUUCGAACCUUUAUACUUUUGGCCUGACCACGGCCGCAGCAUAUCGCACUCGGCACACACGAGAUGGAAAGCCCAAUAUCCCCAUGGAAAGGGCAGCCAUUAAUGUCUUGGAACUCUGCUUUAGAACCGUAAGACAUCCUGCAGCAAAGUUAAUUUAGACGCAGAAGAGAUGGCGGAACGAUUCCAUCUCAGUGAUGUGAG